GAAAAAGAGGAGGGGCGGGACAUGCAGGUGAACAGGUGUAUAAAUGCAGCUCAGGUGAGAGUGAGCUACCACAGCAGGACUGGGAGACUGAACACACACACACACUCGCUAAAGGGAAACUCGAGAACAGCCUGUGAAGAUGAUUAAAGGACUUCUGUCAGUGCUCUUGGUCCUGGUGGUCGUGACUUCCACCAUGGGGAAGCCAGACAAAACCUCUGAAAAGCCUGCAGUCAAGAAGGAGAAACGAAUUCCUCAGACUCUCUCCAGAGGAUGGGGAGAUCAACUGAUCUGGGCUCAGACCUACGAGGAGGCGCUCUUCUUGGCACGUUCACAAAACAAGCCCUUGAUGGUUAUCUUCCACUUGAACGAAUGUCCACACAGUCAGGGCCUGAAGAAGGCUUUCGCUGAGGACAAAGAGAUCCAGAAACUAGCCGACGAGGACUUCAUCCUUUUGAACCUGGUGUAUGAAACCACAGAUAAGCACCUGUCUCCUGAUGGCCAGUAUGUUCCCAGAAUCAUCUUUGUCGAUCCCUCAAUGACUGUUCGUGCUGACAUCACUGGCCGUUAUGCCAACCGUAUGUACGCUUAUGAGCCCAGUGACAUGACACUCCUGCAGAACAACAUGCUCAGAGCCAAAAAGCUCCUGAAGACAGAGUUGUAAGGCACAACCUCAUGACGUCAUCCAUCCUGGAGUGGAUUUUCUCUCCGAUUUAGAAUUUAAGGUCCUUUAUCUGUUAUAAUUCUGUAAAAAAAAAAAAAAAAAAACGCACUGGAAAUCUUUGAAGUCAUUUUUUGGAUGUAUUUUGUUUUGAGAUUCUGUUACUGUCAGCCUUACAGACCGAAUUUUCAUCUAAUGUACUGCAUCAGGGAUGCACAUGUUUUGGAUAAAUAAAGAUAAAAUCUGUUCAA